GACCAAGCGUCACUGCUGGAUCGGAUCUAAGAAACGUUCCUUGUUCUUAGCUAAGAACUAUACCAAAAUCUUUUUAAGAUUGAACAGACGUGCGUGGUAGUGACAUCUUGACAAAAUGACAGCUGUCAAUGUCAAUGCCAAUUUGUUAAAGAAAAAUCAAGCCAACUAUCCAGCAUAGUCAGUUUUUAUUUUGUAAUUUUGUUUUUCAGCUCUAAAUAAAAUUUUGAUGAGUAUGAUGAAUUUCUUGAUGCCACCAUAAAAAUGCUUACGAGUGGUGUAAAAAUUAUUAUUGUUUUUAGUUAGAAAUGAACACACUUCGAUAUUAACAUAAUGUUGGAAUUAAAGGCCUGUGCAGUGUGCUUUAGCACAAAAUUGAAGUUGUUCAACAUGGAUAGUGGUCACUUAAGGCGUGAUUUUAAUACGGUAUCCGGAUUACAGACUUACAAGGGUAAUGGCAUGCCAGGUUAUCUCUGUGGACUGUGCUGUGGUUAUGUCACACAUUUUCUCAAGUUCCGUGGAAAAUGUCAAAGGGCUAAUUUUACUUUACAAGAAAUUUUAUCAAGAAAUAAGGAGGUAAAAGAAUUUCAUUUAGAACAUUUAAAUCAACAAAUAAUUGGUAUAGGACCUACACUAUCAUAUAUAAAUCCAUGUAGAACACACUAUGAAGAAGUAAAAUUUCAAUGGGUUAAACAUAAUCGGAUAAGUGUACUUAAAAAUGAUGAAAUAUCAGUUAUCCAUUACAACACACUCUCUAAUGAAAAUAUUUUUGAAUUUAAAAGCCAAACCUACACAGAUAAUGAUAAUAAAAAGAAUAUUGUUAAAGUUGAAAGUGUCAAUGAUGCCUCAAUGGAAUUUGAUUUCGGCAAUGAUGAAAUAUUACUUGAUCAACAUGAAGAUAAUCAAGAACAAGAUAACUGCUUCAAUGAUGAUGUUAUUAUGAGUGAUGAUGAUAAUGAAGAUGAAAAUUUUGCUGAUAUAUCUAAAACAUCAUGUAAAUUGUCAAAUAAAGUCAACAAAGAUAAUGCAGAUGGCUCAAAUUUGGAUGAAGAAUAUGCUAAUGUGUAUCCUAUUAGUAAGAAAGAGGCUAAAGCUGCAGUUGAGGUUUACAAAAUGUUUAGCACUGGUAAAUAUCGUUGUGAAAUCUGUAAUAAAGCAUAUUACAAUGAAAACAGACUGAAAAUUCAUUUACGUAUGCAUGAUAAGCAUGUAAAUGGGCCAUUUGUAUGUGAUCUCUGUUUAUACUAUUACAAGACACAAUUUCUGCUAAAAACCCACAUGACAGAGAAACACAUGUACAAAUAUGUAUGUAGGAAGUGUCCCGAAGUCAGUUUUGAUAGAACAUCAGCAAAGCAGCAUUAUAUUUGGAUGCAUUUACAAAAGGGUCGGAAGAAAGAUGCCAACUGGUACGAUUCGAGACCCAGCUGGCUCCACAAUAAAGGUGGUAAGAAAAUUAAGGGUGUUGUCACGCUACGUCCAGUAAAAAAAAUCACCAAGUUGCCUGAAGACUAUUUAAUAUACUCCCCGGUCACUCAAGAGGAGCAAUACAAACUUGUUGAGGAUAGGCGAAAAACAAGAAAUUAUAUAACAUCAAAAUAUAGAUGUGAAUAUUGCUUUAGAGGUUUUAGAGAAACAGCCACUUACAGUAAACAUAUGAGAAAGCAUGAUCCGGCGUACGCGGGCAAAUUUCAAUGCGACAUGUGCAAACUGUAUUUCCGGGACGCUCGUAAGAUGUACAAGCACAUGAACAUCACUCACUUGUUUAAAUUCUCAUGUCAGAUGUGUAGAUAUGUUUGCUACAACAAGGGUCAAGCACAAAUGCAUUACAAAUGGCACAAGAAUGUUACGUAUGAGUGUCCACACUGCAAACAAGAGUUCAAGAAGGCGUCGACUCGUUUAACUCAUAUCAGGAUAAAACACCCUUCGACUUACAUCUGUAAUUUAUGUGGACAUAGUUUUGUGAGCGAAAGUGGACUCUAUUGUCAUAAGAAAAUAGCACAUAGUAGGGAGGAAAUCGCGCUAAGUGAGCGUACGUUUGGAGCUGGUGCAAGCGGUACAGAGGUGGACGGAGUGGGAGCGGGUGUUGGGGAGGUGCACAUGGGAGCGGAUGGGAUAGAAGUAGAAGUGUCGGGUACGAAAACUGAGGCGGCCGGGUCCGAGUCCCGUUACUGUGCUGACUGCGAUGUGCGGUUUCUUAGCGCGGCAGCAUAUGUCACACACCUCGGUAGCUCCAGUAAACACACCAGCACCAAUAGGUCGAUCAAAUCGCGGCGAAUGGUAAAGAGCGGUCGACGGCCCGGCCGCCCCUCUGGUUCACGGAAGUCUGAGAUACACAAUAUCGGCCUGCCCACCGCCACUAACUGCGAAGUGUGUGGGAAGUUCUUGGCCAAUGACGUCCAGGCGCGGAAGCAUUAUGAAUCGGAGCACCCUGGUGCAGACUACCUCAAGCGCUACAUGUGUGACGUAUGCGGACACACCACUAGGCAAUACGCGAACCUCAUGGUGCACAUGCGCACGCACACGCACGAGAAGCCGUACGAGUGUCCGCACUGCGACCGCCGGUUCAGUAUGCCCAGUAACAGGGACCGCCAUCUUGUUGUACAUACUGGUGAAAAGCGCUACCAAUGCCAACACUGUAAUCGCCGUUUCACACAGAGCAGUGCUGUCAAACUGCACAUACAGACUGUCCACCUGAAGAUACCGUACGCACCCUGGGACAAGAAGAAUAGGAAGCGACGUAAGGAACUCGAAGGCACGUCAGCUCCGGUUAGCACAGUGAGUACGGUGACCGCGGCGUGUUUACAGCCGCCUCCGAAGUUGUUGAUAGACAAUCAAGGGGAUUAUUUGAAUGCAUAUAUAACUUAUAAUGUAUGAUGUGUGCGUUACGCUACUGUUGCUGGGUAGUUACGGUUGUUUGUAUGUAAAGAACUCGAUAAUAUUAAAGUAAGUCUGUGAAUAUUAUGACUCGGUAUGUAUGGAUUUUUUUGUAUGUAAAAUUUAUUGAUAUUAAGUAUAAGACUGUCUAUGAAUAUUUUUAUUUUUAAUGAGGUUCCUAAUACAUUUGUAUUUUUUAAUUAUGUUGUGUAUUUUUUCUCGAAAUUGGAUCGUAUCGGGAGUAGCCAUGUAAUAAAAUAUGUUCGCAAUUAGACAAUAUAAUUCUUUAUUUUACAAACAGAAAUAAAAUUUUGGUAUUUUCAAGUUCGUGUAGCAACAGUCGUUAAGUACCUGUCUUUUGUAUUAUUUAUAUAUAUCUGUCUUAACGCCAGAUAUUUUACGAGGUAGGCAGAGAAAAUUAAAAGGAUAUGUUUUAUUUGGAAAUUUUUGGUACCUGAAUUAAAGGCGUUUCUCUAAUGCUCAAUGCUUUUAUGCCUAUGAAAGUUUGUUUUUGAAAUUAUAUUUUUAUUAUAAAUUACAUGUCAAACAUUAUUUAUUUUUCCAUAUAUCAAAUAUAUUUUAUGAUUAUAAUAUUUAUAAUAUAAAUUAAGAUUAGAAGUGAAAGGUGGGAUACAUAAUACUGAUCUUUUUUUCUGUAUGUAUUGUAAAAAAUGUAUAUAAAUAAUUUCUUUAAAAUUAAAGCCGUUCUUAAGAUUAUAUUGUCACUAUUUAGACUUUGCAAUUUUUUUAUAUUUAAGUAUUUGUAAAUUGCUAUACACAGUAUUUAGUUAGUACACUGAUUAUAUAUAUAAAAAAAAAAAAACUUAUGAGGUUGAAACAUAAGUUUUGUAUUAUGUAUUAUGAAUAUUUUUGACCUCGCGGACUGAUGCCAUAAUUUAAUUUAUAUACGGUUGUUUAUUCAAGUAGCACUGGUCAAAUUCAUAUAUUUUGUUUUGUGAACUCUUUGUCUGUACCUAACAUUUUCUGUACUCUGCACAUUUAGUAAAUAAUUAUAGAUUGUCUUUUUUACUAAUAACUUAAUGUGCAUCAUGUAAUAAUACAUAAUGAAAUAAUACAAAAACCUUUUAAUUUUUUUUAGCCAUUUAGCUAAUUGUAUAAUAUGUACAUUGUUAUUUUGAUAAAAAGACCGAAGAUUGUUUAAUAAUUGUGCAGUAUUUAAAGAAAAGAUUUUUUUUUCUGUUGCUUAACUUCCACACCUGAAUCAAAUCUAAUUGGCCGUAUUUUUUUGUGGAUUUAUUAUUCAAUCGUUGACCAUAGAGUAACAUGGUUUUCAUAUGGAGGUUAAUAUUCAAAGCACCAAUUACCCAAAAAUAUAUUGCCGUCGACAAUUUGGUUUAAUCAAUCGUACAAUCUCUCUAGAAUUACAAUUGAAAUAAUAAUAUUCUACUUAAGAUAGUAUACUUAGGUAGUAUACAGCAAUUCAAUAAUCAUUAAGUAUGUAUAUAAUAAUAAUUUCAGACAUUUGCCUUAUUCAUAAUGUAUUAUUGUAUAAUUAUUUUUAAUAUAUAACGUAAAAUAAAUAUCUUUUAUUUAAAAUGUUCCCUGUACGGUUUCAAUUUGGAAAAUGGAAAUUUGUAAUGAAAAAUGUUCUCAAUUUACGAUAAUAAAUAGACUGAUAUGUGGUUUAUGGAAAAACUUCUAUUGUUUAGACGAUUGAAAUCUGAUAUUAUAUACAUGAUUAUAAAACAUUCCAAACUUGUUGGGCUCCAAAUUCGAUAAAAAUUCUUUAAAGAUUAUCAAAGAUUAUGUGUAAAAUAAAAGAUGAAUGAAAACUCCGAAAGAUGUUUAAAUUUUUGUCUAUUUGUUGUCAAAAUAUUGAUAAAAAAGGAUGUAAAAAUGAUGAAAUAAUAAAACUACAGGUAGUAUUUCUUUACAUUUAUUUUGUACAACGGUUUUCAUACUUAUAAUAAUAUCCAGUAAUUAAUUUUAUAACACCUACUUGAAGUGCAAUUAUUGUCACAAUUGAAGCACAAUUGACUUGUUCAAUAAUUAUUAAAUUUUCUAAUAAAUUAAUAACAAUCAA